AUGUUAGAGGCUGAUGGGACCUUGAAACCACUGCCGAAGAAAAGCAUCGACACUGGAUUGGGGCUGGAACGGCUGGUGUCCGUGUUGCAGAACAAAAUGUCCAACUAUGACACCGAUCUUUUUGUGCCUUAUUUUGAGGCUAUUCAGAAGGGGACUGGCUGCCGACCGUACACCAGGCAGGUUGGUGAGGAAGAUGUCGAUGGCAUAGAUAUGGCUUACCGAGUCCUGGCUGACCACGCCCGAACCAUCACCAUAGCCCUUUCAGACGGGGGGAGACCCGAUAACACCGGCAGAGGGUAUGUUCUGAGGCGCAUCCUCCGACGUGCUGUGCGCUACGCUCACGAGAAGCUCAAUGCUCCCAAGGGAUUCUUCGCCACCCUGGUCGAUGUGGUGGUUCAGUCCCUGGGUGGAGCCUUCCCCGAACUGACAAAAGAUCCAGACAUGGUGAAAGAUAUUAUCAACGAGGAGGAGGUGCAGUUCUUGAAGACACUCAACCGAGGACGCCGCAUUCUCGACAGGAAGAUACAGAGCUUGGGAGACAAUAAAAUAAUCCCUGGAGACACGGCCUGGCUGCUAUACGACACGUAUGGUUUCCCUGUGGAUCUAACCGGGCUAAUUGCAGAAGAAAAGGGGUUAAGAGUUGACAUGGAGGCCUUCGAGGAAGAAAAGAAGACCGCUCAGCUGAAGUCCCAGGGCAAGGGAGGUGGCGAUGAAGAUCUCAUCAUGUUGGACAUCUAUGCUAUUGAAAGUCUCCGUGAGAGAGGUCUGGAGCCCACCGACGACUCCCCAAAAUACAACUACCGGUCGGAUCCAGAAGGCUUGUACGAAUUCGGUAACCCUGGGGCCACGGUGAAAGCUCUCCGACGGGAAAACACCUUUGUGGAGGAAGUCCAUACAGGCCAAGAAUGUGGGGUUGUACUGGACAAGACCUGCUUCUAUGCUGAGCAGGGUGGACAGAUCUACGACGAAGGCUACUUCAUUAAAGAAGACGAUGGCGCUGAAGAUAAGACGGAAUUUACGGUGAAAAACGUACAAGUCCGAGGAGGUUACGUGCUCCACGUGGGCACAGUCUAUGGGAGCCUCAAGGUGGGAGAUUUUGUGCGCUUGUUUAUUGAUGAGCCAAGGCGAAGGCCCAUCAUGAGCAACCACACUGCCACCCACAUCCUCAACUUCGCUUUACGUUCUGUGCUGGGCGAAGCCGACCAGCGAGGAUCCUUGGUGGCUCCGGACCGAUUACGGUUUGACUUCACCGCCAAGGGAGCCAUGUCUACCCAGGAAAUCAAGAAAGUGGAAGAGAUUGUUAAUGGAAUGAUUCAAGAAGCCAAGGUUGUGUACGCCAAGGACUGUCCGCUGGCAGAUGCCAAGGCCAUCCAAGGCCUCCGAGCCGUAUUCGAUGAGACUUAUCCUGAUCCUGUACGUGUUGUCUCCAUUGGCAUACCUGUUGAGGACAUGCUGAACGAUCCUUCCAGCGCAGCAGGUGCCGUCACAUCAGUCGAAUUCUGCGGGGGCACGCAUUUGCAGAACUCGAGUCACGCCGGACACUUCGUCAUUGUGUCGGAAGAAGCCAUAGCGAAGGGCAUCCGGAGGAUAGUGGCCGUCACUGGGGCCGAAGCACAGAAGGCUCAGCCUAUCCGGCCAUUGAUGGAGGUUGAUGGGGAUUGCAUCCGGCUUUUGUUCAUCAUGGUUUUGUUUCGUUGCAGAUCACAAAUUCGACCACGAAACGUCUGCAAGAAAACAUCCAAGCUCAGGGGAGCACCGAGAGACCUCACAGUUCAACCCGGGGCUACAAACACUCCCUUCUCUCGGUUUCAGGAAGUUGCCGGCAAAGGGCUGAAGGCCAGCGAGUGGGUGCAGCAGGUCUCCGUGCUGAUGGACGGCAAGGGGGGAGGGAAAGACCUCUCGGCCCAGGCGACGGGCAAAAACACCGAUUGCCUCGAGGAAGCCCUGCAGGUGGCCACCGAAUUUGCCAAGCUGAAGCUCAGUGAGUUGAAGAACUGAAGCCCCACCUGGGAUCAAACUCGGGAAGGAUGUUCCUGGCCUGCAGGCCAAUAGCUUAGAUGUUUUCUUUUAGCCGCAUCGGCUGGAGGACUGGACCCUACGUAGUUGUCCUAUAUUCCUCCGGCAUGAACUCAAGAGAGAGGGUUGGAAAAGUCGAUUAUCUGGAUACUUGGCCAUGAAGCCAGAGCUGUGUUACUUUGAGCCCCAUCUCCUGAGAAUAGCCAUGCCCUCUCAGGACGCCUGAUGGUAAGGAACUGACCCUCCAGUUGUCACAUAAGUGUAUCAUUUUAAUGCCACUGUGCAGUUUAAAGGGAAUUGUGCAAUUUCCUUUUCACCUGUGAUUAAGCACUAAGUUCGGGGUAUUAUAAUGUGAAAAUACGCAGGGAUGAGCCUGACCUGCCAUCAUCGCAUUUCUUCUUUCUAACCGUAGAAACCUCCCUCCCUUCGUUGCUUUAACCUCCGUUAGAACAAGCCUGCCCUACCUCUGAAAAAUUGGGGGUCAGAUAGGGCCAGUGCUGAAUAAAACAAGCAGACUCUUGUGUAUCGCACAGUGGAAAUAA